CGUCCGUCUCUCUCCACACCAAACGAUAGCUUCUCUCUACGGGAGUUGGUCGCACGCGCGAAGGGCUCCGCUGGAAAAAGCGAUCUCGGAUCUUUAGCAGGAGAUUUUGUAUUGUACGUAAGAUUUAUUUUGCUCCUUCCGAAUGAGUUUCUGUGCCAAGAUUCUCUAGUGUGCCUCGUUUCGAAGGAUGCGUUGGACUUACAAUAACAGAUUAUGAAGAAAGGAUAUUUAGAACUCAGUCUCUUAUUUUUGUUUAUUUACAUCAGCUUAACCCAUCAGUUUACCAUGGCGAAACAUCCGUACCAUCACCGCGGCCAGAACAGAGACUGCUACAAGUGUCCACCUGGCUUUGGAGUGGAGCAUCCCUGCAGCCAUCUCCAUGACACGGAGUGCAGGGCUUGCGCUCCCGACCAUUAUUCCAGUCACAAGUCCUCCUGGAGGCCCUGCUACCCGUGCUCCAGGUGCGGUACGGGCCUCUACGUGGCCCAUAAGUGCACUGCCAAAAGAGACACUGUGUGCGAUUCUUGUCACACGUACAGGGGUCCACACAACGAAAACUUUUACGAGAGGUGUGUGAAGCCUCUGUUUGACAGUGCAGGAAACAUCACCGAAAGUGUACGCAACCAGUCAUCCCAACCAAAAGAAAAUCCCUCUGUAAUAACUACGGGACUUUCUCGGAGGGUCCAAACGUCGGUGAUCGUGGCUUCCGGUGUAGCGAUCGGGGUGCUGAUAGCUGUUCUGGCGGCUGUAUGCCUUGUCGGCACGAGGUGUAAACUGUGUAAUAAAGCAGAUAAACAUCAUCCAUACAUGGCCGUGUCAACGAAAGAAGCGGUGAUGUUGUAAAUCUGAAUUAGCUCAAGACUGCAUUCAUCUCCUGCUGCCAUCUGUCGACGUCAAUCUGUGAUAGUCGCAAUCAAGCGCCACUCAGGAACGCACUUCCCAAUCAAGCGCGCAGCUGCGACUCCAAGCACCAAAGGAGCCUCGCUCGUGAAAAACUGAAGCAAAUAUUUGAGUUCUCAAAAUCAAGUGGUUUGAUUACGAAGUAGCAAACCAUUUGCAUCAUCUGCAUGUGACGUUCAAAAUGCGAUUAAUUUAAGGAACAUAUUCAUCAUACUAUGGCAAUAACCGGAAAGAAUAUCAACUUUAUAAAAGACGUAUAAUAUGCUUUUAUUUGAACUUUUUUAGAAGCUCUUGUACAUAAGAAAAUAUAAAUGUAGAUUUUUAGUAAAACUAAAUGAAUGUGUGAACAUUCUUUUGUGCAGAAGUCAAAACAGAGCUGUAAUAUAGAUAGACUUCUGAUAAUUAAUAUGUGAAUACUUGUGUAUUGUGACUGAUAAUUUCAAAAUCGUGUUUUAAAAUGGAUUUAUACAGGAAUUUAAAAGGAAAAAAACUGUACAAGUUUCGUGACAAAGAUUAAUUUUGAAAAUUGAUUCACAGCGAUGUAAAUUAACUUCAAAAUACCAUUGUUGCGUUAAUUAUUAAUAAUUCAUUCAUAAAAUUAUGUUUUUAUAUAGAUGAUAAGAAAAUAUGUAUUUUGAAGCAAUGAAAUGAGCUUAUGACCUAGAGGGCUUUAAUUAACUAUAAAUAUUGAUAAAAGGUGGAAAAAUAAGAUUAAAAUUUUCUGCUCUAAUUUUUUUUUCUUUUUUUCUUUUUGCAUAUGUUUUAAAGCCAUUUUUUUUAAAUGAAAAAUCUUAAUAUGGCAAAAUUAAAAAUUCUAUAAAAAAAGUAUUCUUUUUUUCCUUAGACUUUUAAAAGCUAUCAAUUUCAUUUUAAUAUUUAGAGAAACUAGAAAAUGAAUAAAAAGUCAUUAGUUCAUUUCUUUUUUACAUUGCAUUUGUACAAAAGUAAUGUAAAUUUUAUAAAAUCAAAAGAAAAUCAU